GUUUCUGGCGCGAAAAAUUAACCCAUCUCUAAUUGACAAAAUUGAAAACAUAAACAAACAAAUUUAAAACGCUUAUUUAAUUGUAAUGACUACUCUAAUUGAACAGCUGAUUGCAAAGAUGGGCUUGCGGGAAGAGCCGAACGUAAUGGAGAAAACCACAGAAUUGGUGCGCCUGCUGGAGCUGCGCUCGACCAAUGUGCCACUGCAAAUAAACGAGUAUGGGAAAAUCGUACUGUGCGUCGAUUUGGCUUCCUGCCUGCUAGGCAUUGGGCUCGACAAAGAGCAGGCGUUGAAGCUGUCCGGCCUGCGGAAGAGCCAUUACCUCAACAACAAGCGCAUGUUUGAGAAGCUGCUGGAUCUGAAUAAAUUGGUCACUGUGAAUGACAUUUGUGUGCAGCUAAGCCUCAACGAGGUGUCUCGCAAAGCCGAGGAGUUGAUGACUCUCUUCAGGGGCUUGGUUUCCACUGAAAACACCGACAUUGACACUGACCACCCGCAAUACGCCGCAAUGGCUGUUUUCCAUGCGUGCCGCCUGCUAAAAAAGAAGGUGUCAAAGCCGAAACUGAUGCCCUUCAGCAACCUACGCCCAACCCAAUGGCAACAGCUCGAACAGCAGUGGGAGCGCAUGAUAGCCAAGCAUUACAAGGAGUCCAAAGUAGUCUCGCCACCUGGUCUGGAUGGAAAGCUUAAGGCCAGCCAGCAGGAGAAUCUCCCGAGUGACUCAAAGAAGUCCCUGAAGCCUGAUGUCGAAGAUUAUGAGAAAUGGAAAUCGAGAAUGCUGGCAAUGGCACAGGCAAAGCUGCGGGAGCUGGAGGCAGCAAAUAAACAGCCAAUAGAGGCAUAGCCAGUUGUACGUGUUAG